AUGCCGCACGAUAUUCUCGUCGGUAGCUCGUGCUACACGGCUACCAGUGCACAAGAGAUCAAAGCUCGUGCCAAUAAGACCAGCCAGCCCAAGAUCCAGCAGAUCCGGGGCCAGUGGGUGUACUUUGUCGACCUGAAGUCGUCCAGCAAGGCUGUCCUGGAGAAAGUGAAAACACUCCUUCAGGAUGUCGACUCCGAACCUCUCCUUGCUUCUGAGAGCACUAGCAACACAAUUACCGUCUACGUCACCCCCCGAUACCUCUCGCCAUGGAGUUCUCAAGCCACCAACAUUGCCCAUGUCUGCGGCUUGAAGGAGCAGGUAAACCGUAUUGAAAAGGGUCGACUCAUUGUCAUCGAUUUCGAAGAGCCCUAUCAAACUGGACAAGACGCCACUUUUCGAGAUGUCCUAUACGAUCGCAUGACCGAGAUAUUCUCCUUCGAGAAGCCCGAACUUGACGUCAUGUUUGCUGCUGGGGUUCCUGCGCCACUUGUUGUCGUUGACAUCUUCGCCGACGGCAAGGAUCCUCUGAUCGUCCUCCGAGACUACAACAAAGAAAAGGGACUGAGCCUUGAUGAAUCGGAAAUGGCGUACCUUGUCGACGUGUUCAAGAAGCUCGGCCGCUCGCCUCACGAUGUAGAGCUUUUCAUGUUCGCCCAGGUCAAUUCGGAACACUGUCGCCACAAGGUAUUCAACGCCAGCUGGACAAUUGACAGUGUUAAGAAGAAUAACAGUUUGUUCGAAAUGAUCCGAAACACACACAAGAAGACUCCCGAUUAUACCGUUUCGGCUUACAGUGACAAUGCCGCUGUUCUUCAGGGUGAAUCUGCGAAUUUUUGGGCCCCUGACUACUCUACUGGAACUUGGACAAUGACCCCGGAAGUUGCCCAUAUUUUGGCCAAGGUCGAGACUCAUAACCAUCCUACCGCCAUUUCGCCUUUUCCCGGUGCCGCCACCGGCUCUGGUGGUGAAAUUCGUGACGAAGCUGCUGUCGGACGCGGUUCCGUAACCAAGGGCGGUCUUGCCGGUUACUGGGUUUCUGAUCUCCUGAUUCCCGAUCAUCGAGCUCCAUGGGAAGUUGAUAUCGGCCGCCCCUCUCACUACGCCAGCAGUUUAGACAUCAUGCUUGAGGCCCCUAUCGGCAGUGCACGCUUCAAUAACGAGUUUGGUCGCCCUUGUCUUACGGGCUGCUUUCGAACGCUUCUUACCCCCGAAACUCCCACAGAAGAUGCUAAAGCUGAAGCUUCUGCAUGGCGCGGAUACCACAAGCCCAUUAUGCUGGCUGGUGGUGUUGGCACAGUUCGCCCUUCUAACGCACUGAAAGAGGAGCGCUUUGUCCGCGAAGGUGCCCACGUCAUUGUUCUCGGAGGCCCGGCCAUGUUGAUUGGCCUCGGGGGUGGUGCUGCGUCUAGUAAUGCGUCCGGCGAGAGUAAUGCUGAUUUGGACUUUGAUAGUGUGCAGCGUGGAAAUCCAGAGAUGGAACGCCGCGCCCAAAUGGUCAUCAAUACAUGCACUGCUCUUGGCGAACAGAACCCGAUUGCUAUGAUUCACGAUGUUGGAGCUGGCGGCCUCUCCAAUGCCCUACCCGAGCUUGUCAAAGAUGCUGGUUUUGGCGGCAACUUCGAAUUACGCCAAGUCGAGAGUGCUGACCGAAGCAUGAGCCCUCUGCAGAUCUGGUGUAAUGAGGCUCAGGAACGCUAUGUUCUACUCAUCAAUCCCGAAAACAUGAAUCGAUUCACUAGCAUUUGCCGUAGAGAACGUUGCGGAUUCUCAGAUGUUGGAGCAGUUGCCACCAAGGACGCAAAUGGUGACGCCAGGUUGAUUCUCACAGACCGCGAAUCUAAGGAAUAUCCUCGCCCCAUUGACCUGCCAAUGGAUGCACUAUUCCCACCAAAGCAUCAGCAAGAACGAAAUGUCAGCUCAAAAAAGCCCAAUCUGACGCCUUUUGAUGCUCUGGCCAGUCUUCGCAAGGCAUUCGGAGCUGACCUAGACAAUGCAACGCUGUUGAAGAACGCGGUGGAACGGGUUUUCCUCAUGCCAGCAGUGGGCUCAAAGUCUUUCCUUAUCACCAUUGGUGACAGAACUGUCGGUGGUCUUACAGCCCGCGAUCAAUUCGUUGGACCCUGGCAGACUCCAGUGGCCGAUGUCGCCGUGACAGCUACCUCAUUCAGCCUUGGUGGAAAGCAAAGAACUGGUGAGGCUAUGGCCAUGGGUGAGAAACCGACUCUGGCUCUCAUAAAUCCCGCAGCCUCUGCCAGAAUGGCUGUCGCAGAGAGCUUGAUGAACAUUGGUGCUGCAGAUGUAAUGGGAGACUUGCGCAGAGUCAAGCUCUCGGCCAACUGGAUGGCAGCUGUCAGCCACCCUGGCGAAGGUGCGGCUCUUUAUGAGGCCGUCGAGGCUAUUGGCAUGAAAAUGUGCCCUGAAAUCAGCGUCAGCAUUCCUGUUGGAAAGGACUCAACGUCCAUGAAGGCUGUUUGGAAGGAGCAGAACGAAGUGAAGAGUGUAACAGCCCCCGUCUCUGUUGCUAUUUCGGCUUUCGCGGUUGUGGAGGACAUUUUGAGCACAUGGACCCCUCAGCUCCGAAGAGUUGAAGAGGUUGGAGAGUCUAUUCUCAUGUUUGUUGAUCUGGCGGAAGGUCGACGAGCCAUGGGAGGUUCAGCGCUGGCCCAGUCGCUCGGUGCCAUUGGAAAUGAGGCCCCCGACAUGAAGAACUUUAACCUCAUUACCGACUAUUUUGAUGCUCUGUCGCAGCUUCAUAAGAGUGGCGUUGUCCUGGCGUAUCAUGAUCGUUCUGACGGAGGUUUGAUCACAACUAUUGCUGAGAUGAUGUUUGCUGGUCGCUGCGGCGUCGACAUGAUGAUGGAUGGUAUUUCGAAGAGCGGCUCGGCUAGCGACAUGGUUGAAGCUUUGUUCAAUGAAGAGCUUGGUGCUGUCUUCCAGGUCAAGGCGUCUGAUGAGAUCAACUUCAAGCGAUGCUUCGCCACCUGCGGUCCCCCUCCCGGUCUGAUUCGCAAGUUUGGAGUUGUCAAGGCCAGCCCUAACCAGUCUUUGACUAUCCGCCACGGGGCGACCACCUUUGCCAAUCUUGACCGCGCCGAAAUGCAACAGUGGUGGUCCAAGACAUCCCACCAGAUGCAGCGGCUCCGAGAUAACCCUGCCUGUGCUGACUCCGAAUACGCCACAAUUUCCGAUGUGUCUGACCCUGGUCUCUCUUACCACUUGACUUACUCACCAUCCGAGAACAUCCUGCCACUCACAUCCUCCAUUACUGGAUUUUUCAACAAGACUCCUCGAGUCGCUGUUCUCCGAGAACAAGGUGUGAAUGGACAUGCUGAAUUGGCUUUCGCUUUCAGAGCUGCUGGGUUCGAGCCGGUUGAUGUUCACAUGACCGAUGUUCUUGGAGGACGGUCUCUUGCUGACUUUACCGGUAUUGCUGCCCCCGGUGGAUUCUCAUAUGGCGACGUUCUUGGUGCUGGCCAAGGCUGGGCCAGGUCUGUUUUGAUGCAUGAGAGCACACGCCGCGAGUUUGAGCAUUUCUUCAGGCGUCCCGACACCUUCGCUCUUGGUGUCUGUAACGGCUGUCAGUUCCUGACUCGUAUCCAGGAGCUCAUUCCUGGCACGGAACACUGGCCAACCUUUGUUCACAACGAGAGUGCUCAGUUCGAGGGCCGAUACAGCAUGGUGACAAUCAAGGAAGAUGAGAGCAAGCCCUCCGUCUUCUUCCACGGCAUGAACGGCUCAUCACUCCCUGUGGUUGUGUCUCAUGGCGAAGGAAGAGCCAAAUUCUCAUCACCAAACUCCCUGCAGGAACUGACCAACUCGGGCAUGAUACCCAUGCGUUAUGUUGACAACAGGCUGAAGGUCACUGAGAAAUAUCCUUACAACCCCAACGGCAGCCCCGGGGGUGUUGCCGGCGUCUCGAGCAAGGACGGCCGUUUUGUUGCUAUGAUGCCUCACCCUGAACGAACCAUCGUUGCCGGCGUAAACAGCUACAUCCCGCCCAAGGCCACCGAGGAGUGGGGUGACUUUGGUCCUUGGGUUCGAAUCUUUAAGAGUGUCCGUAGAUGGGUUGGUUAA